AUGGACACUUCACAAGCCCAAAAUUGCAUGCGCAAUGUCCGACCAAGCUUGGGUACUUCGCACUCUUUCGAGGACGUACCGCUCAGCCCUCUGCUGGACGAGGGCCGGUCGUCUGAUACGUCAAGCGGGUUCUUCCAUGUGCCUCUGGAGCAUGAAAUCAUCGCGUCUCGGAGUGUUUGGGAUGAUUCGGCUGGGUCUGAUGAGCUCAUCGACCAGCAAGGCAUCACUUCGACAAGGCUCUCGGGGCAAGGCUCUUUGACUGAGGUUGACGAUCAGUCGCAAUGUUCCUCGGAGGCCGCGAGAGACCCAAAACAGGACGAACCUAGCCCAACGUCGGCAACCCUCAGCCUCCGUUCAGAUACUGCGUAUGCUUCAGACCCAAUGACACCGAGGACUGCAAGCGCGGUGACCCUGGUGGAGAUGCCAGUGGCCCUGGAUACAAUACCUGGACCUAAUAUCACCGUCAAGGAGGGAUCUUUCUCUUCUCAAUCUCCCAGAGACCAAAAUUGGGGCUCUUCAGUAUCCAAAGGCGAUAUUAGCGAGUCCUCGGAGUAUAGUGACAGAUCAACGGGACCGGCUGACCCCACAACAUCAAUCGCAUCCGUCAAGGUCGUUGCGCACGCAACUUUCCCCCGGGUCGAGAGACCUGAAUCUCCAACGCCCAGCUCGUUCCCCGCCUUCUUCGAGAUCCCGAUCCCCAUCUUUCCCUUCCCGGCCGGCACAACGCGCUGCAACAACCGCAACUGCCCGAUCAAGCACCGCCACGAGCAGGGCCCCUAUCUCCACGGAGGAAAACUCCGCAGCAGGGAAGGCUCGGUUUUCGGCUCCAGCAAUCCACCGCCGGAGAUAUGGUUCUUGUACGACAUGUCGAGGGAUGGAAACCUUCACGGCACGGGCAACGAGGCGUUCGCGCCGGUGGAGCUUUUUGUCAGGUAUCAUUUUGGCGAGACUGGUGGUGAGUAUGUCCGCGGGUGCGAUGAGGUUGGAGGAGGUUUACGACGGGGGGAGAAGCAGGGGAGAAAGAAGUCGCGGUUCUGGCGGUUUUGGGGUUGA